AUGAGUCAAUUGGAACCAUUUGAACAUCAUUAUAGUAAUCAAUAUUAGGAGGUAUUUGGAUGUUUUCAUUAAAAUCGACAAUAUUAUUCUGAUAAAGUGAUAUGCAAAGAAUGUGGUAUAUUUUUAAAUAAUGUAAUUAAUUUUCAUUAUCAAUCAUAGCCAAAUACUAGAGUAUAUAAAACAUUAAAAAUGAAAUUUAAUGCUUAUUUCAAUCCAAUUAAAGUGUUAUAAAGUAUUUUAUCUGAAGGUUUACCAAAAGGACCUGCUAAACAUCGCUAACAGAUCAUUGAAUUCAUAUUAUAAGCUUCUGAAAGAUUAAAUCUAUCAUUAAAUACAUCAUUUUUAGCUAUUAACUACAUUGAUGAAUAUUUCAGUAAAAUUAAUAUCAAUGAAAAUUAAACCUAUUUAUUUGUAGCAACUGCUUUAAUGCUUGCAGCUAAAGCUUAAGAACUUGAUGAACGAGUACCCUUCAUUAGUAAAUUGAAAAGAUAUGCUUCAAUGACAAAUCAUCCUGAAAUAAAUCAAUAUUCAAUUCAAGAAUACAAAUUUGCAGAAAGAUCAUUAAUUUAGACAAUGGAAUGGAAAUUAUAAAGAGUUACCUUAUUAGAUAGAAUAGAAGCUAUUUUAUCAUUUGGAGUUAUAGAUGAUGAUGAUAGUUUGGGACAAUAACAAUAAAAAGAAAAUAAAGAUAUUUCACAUUAAUAACAUAUAAAACUUAGAGAUCUUUAAGAAAAUCAAAUAUUAUAUUAUGUAAAAGAGGUUGAAACUAAAUAUGUAGAUAUAGCAUUACAAAUCAUUAAAGGUAUAAUUAAUUAUGUAAUUAUUAUUAGAUGAUCAUUUAUAUUUCGAAACAGAUCAAACUAUCUUAGCAUUAUCUUGUGUAGCUUAUUUAAGAAAGAAAGCAGGAUUACUCAAUAUUUGGUCAUAAUAAUUAUAGUGUCUGACUGGUAUAAGUGCAUAAAAGAUUUCAUCAUCAGUAUCAUAAAUUAUGACAUUAAUUGCUAAAAGUAAAAGCUUUAAAACUAUUACUACUCUUUAAAUGAACCCUUAAGAAAUCUACUAUUAACCUUUAAUACCUAAUAAUACAUUGACCACUAUCAACACAAAUCAUCUUAAUAAUAGGGUAUAUCCAUAUGAAACUAAAAGAUAAUCUUAUGGUGAUAUUAUGAUGCAAAAUAGUAAACUAAAGAUUUAUCAAUCAUAAUCAACUGUAUAAUUGGUUGAUAUUUAAAAAUAAAACCAUUUAUAUAAACAUACUAAUUUUACUACAACUACCAACUAUUCAUAUCUUAAUGAGAAUCCUAUUCCUCAUACUCACAUGGUACAAUAGUUUGCUGCUCUCUAAAAUCAUGAACUUGACAAAAAGUAUGAACAAGUACAUAAAGUAAGUGCUAGCAUGUUUAGACCUAUGCAAUGA